AGGUGUGAGGCCAUCCCUGCCUCCAUCUCCCCUCCCAGGUGCAGGCAAUGAUUAAAGGUUAAUGUGCCUGGUUAAAGGCAGCACAUCCCAGCUCCCUCUCUGCUUCUGGGGGAGGACGAGGCUGGAGGAGCUCUCAGAGAGGUUUUGCAGCCACGGGAGCUGUGUGUGACCCCAGAAGCGAGGGAUGGAGCCAGCACCCCCUGCCCUGCACGGCCCCUUGGCUCCUGAGCCCCCGAGGGCAGCAGAGGAAUGUGCCUGGCAGAGCCUGCGCUGCCUCCGCCGCCACCGGCAGAAGAAGAAAGUGGCUUAUUCAGCCCACAUCUGCAGGCUCCUGAACCAGACGUGUUCCACGGGGCAUUCCUGCCUGGUGGCCUCGCUGCUGGCCUGGCUGGGCAGUCCCCAGCUGCUGGAGGUGGCCCUGGAGGCCUCCAGGCUGUCCCGCUAUGGCCGGAGGAGCCUCCUGGGCCAGCGAGAGGUGCUGCUGGCCACCAAGCUGGUGCUGCUGCGUGAGCUCCACAAGCCUCCCCCGGGAUCCUGAGCCAUGGGCUGAGGCUGGCUGGGACAGUCUUUGUAGUAUUUUAAUGUGGUUUUGGUAAAUAAAGUUGUUUUUUGGCAUUGUUUAA